AUUGCGACGUUGCCUUUUUCUCUUCAUGGCUUGUGAAGUAAAGGUGGCUAUGAUUUUGGGGAAGACCCCACAGAACAAUGAAUUCAAUGAAAUUGUGUUAGUCAAAACAAUACUGAUAGUCUACUUAUAUUCCCGGAAGUCGCACCAGCAGUCACUGUUUUGGCUUUUUGUUUUGUUUGUUUACAUUUCCUUAAAAAGAAACGUAAAUCGCAAAGCUUACCGACAGCAAUCUGCAAUUAUAGAAAAGAAAAGUUAGAACAAAAUAGCAAUAAAUCGGCAAAAUGCCGGGGACAAUUUUGGAAAAUCUGAGCGGUAAAAAAUUAAGUAUAUUAAUUAUCGUUUUUAUAGCUUGCCAAAUAGCAUGCUUUUUAUUAGGGAUAAUAGCUCCUAGUCCUGCUAAAACUCAAACCAUUCUUUCUACUGUGUGUGUGGACCUAAAUCCUUCUGAGUCACAGCGUAAUCUUGACCGAUGGUUUGUUAGAAAUAGCUGUAAAAACAUUGAAUUAACUGACGACAAUGAAACCUUUGGAUUAGAUGCUAAUAGUUUGGUUUUUGUCAUGGAGAUGCCACUCUACAACUUGGACUAUUCUCGUUGGCAGCAAAAUUUGGUAGGAAUUCUUCAGGUUGAGAUGGUUUACCAAAAGGAACAAAAAGUACUUAAUCCUUUGAUUGAACUCACUGUGGAUUCUCGUUUGGCUUAUAGUGAUAAAACACCUGAUGGAGGAAAAACUCCAUGGAAAUAUUAUUCACAUGCUGAAGAAAAGCGUUAUAUGAAUUGUACAUUCAACAACCAAUAUGAUACAGAAAAGCACGGUUAUCCUUAUGAUUGCACUAUGGUACCAUUAUUUGAAUUAGGUGCUUUAUACCACGAUUAUUAUUUGUUAAAUCUUAGGCUGCCGUACAAUUACACAACUAAAAAGAAUAUAGGUCUCGGUAAAGUAGAAGAUUUGUACGUACACACUAUUUAUAUGAAUGGCGGUUUUACAAAGAUUUGGCUUAGUCUUAAGACGGUGUUUUUCCCAAUACUUCUAGCUAUAAUGAUCUGGUUUUGGCAAAGAGUUCACAAGUUAAAUCGUACUCCAGUUUUAUUAGAAUACAUGCUGAUAUCUUUAGGAGGUACUUUAGCUUUUCUUAAUCUUCCGAUUGAGUAUCUCAGCCUCAUUUUUGAAAUGCCUUAUAUGUUACUUUUGAGUGAUAUUCGUCAGGGUGUAUUCUAUGCCAUGUUACUCUCAUUUUGGUUGAUCUUUGCAGGUGAACAUAUGCUUAUUCAGGAACAAGGGGAGAAAAAUACUAUAAAACGCUACUGGAAACAUUUGACUACCAUAAUUGUAGCUUGUAUGUGUUUACUAAUAUUUGAUUUAUGCGAAAGGGGUGUUCAGUUGGUUAAUCCAUUUUAUUCUAUUUGGGUGACGCCUGUUGGUACUAAUUUGGCUCUAGCUUUUAUCAUUUUGGCUGGGAUAUCUGCAUGUUUAUACUUUGUUUUCUUGUGUUAUAUGGUUUGGCGUGUUUUCAAAAAUAUAAGCAUAAAGAGAUCUGUUUUACCAAGUAUGUCCCAAGCUAGACGUCUUCAUUAUGAAGGUAUUAUCUAUCGCUUUAAUUUCUUGAUGUUAGUAACUUUGAUUUGUGCAUCUGUAACAAUAGUUUCAUUUAUACUCUCUCAAAUUGAUGAAGGUCAAAGCAAAUGGGACGAUAGUGUGGACUUGGAAUUGUCUUCAGUAAUACAUACUGGGGUAUAUGGAAUGUGGAAUAUCUAUAUAUGUGCCAUGUUGAUAUUAUAUGCUCCGAGUCACAAACAAUGGCCUGCAGAUCCGAUUUGCACAGAAGGAGAGGAGGUUGAAUUUACCCGUAUACCAGCUGAAUCUACUUCUAAUGAGAUUUCUGCUCUAACAAGUUUUUCUGCCAAAGCCAGUAUUGAUUAAGUAUUUGACUUCUUGUAUUUUUUAUUUAUUUAACUAUUAGUAUUAUUUUACCCACAUUAUUUCACCAUAGUAAACAUAUUUUUACUCUUACUAAACGAAACUGAAAAAUAGAAGCCAAAAAGCUGAACUACAACUUAAACUUGUCAGUAAAAAUUUUAUUAACUGAUUUCACAGUGUUUCAUUGUUUUUAAAAUAAUAGAAUUGCAAGCACAGAUUUUACAGCGGUUUGAAAGCAUACAGGUUACAUUUUUACAGGUUUUAGUAAAUAAGGGUCUUGUGAUGCGGCCGAUAUUAUGGUGGUAUUUGCAUUGUUGUCAAAUCUUCGGUUUUUCAGAAAAUGUAAUGAACUUUCUUAUUUCAAAUCGGACACCCUGUAUAUUUUUUGCGGUUUGAAGUCCUUAAGAAAUACUGAUUAUUUUUCAUGUAAUAUUCCCUAUACUUCUUCUUCUUUUGGCACCAUAACCCUGGAUGGGUCUUUGCCUGUCUGGCUGUCCUUCCAUUCAGAUCUCUCUUGUGGCCUUCUCCUCCAUUGUCUUAUAUUCAUGGUUUUCAGGUCGUCUUCCACGUCAUCCAACCAUCUCGUCCUGGGCCUUCCUUUUUUCCGCCUUCCUACCAGCUUUCACUGUAACAUCUUCUUUGUCGUUUUCAUGUCUUCUUGUCGCUGAACAUGUCCCAGCCAUGACAGUCUUUGACUUUUCACAAAUCUUACAAUGUCAUAUCCUUCAUAGACCAGUGCAGAUAGCUCUAAAAUUGACCAAAAAAAUAAAAAAUUAAUAGCAGGAUGAGACCAAUUCCAAAUGAAAGUACACAUAUUAGAUAACAUGUGGAACAUUUUUCACCAAAUCUGGAUGAGGGGAACAUGGGUUGGGGGAGCGUUUUUAGGGGUGAAAACGGUUAAUUACGAUUUG